CCAACUCUAAACACGGUCAAAUCUCAAAAAUCUAUUGCAAUUAUAUUUCCCAGCCCCACUACAAGAAUUGUGUAAUUUUGAUAUGAAGCAACAAGAGGCAGAAGAAUGGGCAGUUUUUAUAUUUCUGAAAAUACGGGGUAUCUGGAAGGUAUUGAGCAAAGGACCUGCAGCAUUAGAAGAAAUCCCCCUCACAUCUUCUCCGUUAUUUUAACUUUCAGCCCCCUAAAAUAAAAAACUCCCCUGUGAUCCUCCGCUUCGCGCCCGAUGGACACGCCCCCGAUCUACGCUCUCCCGCAAGACACGCUCCAACAGAUUUUCUCCUGUCUGCCUCUCCGUCAAAUCAUCGUCUGCCGAUCAGUCUCAAAACUCUUCAAUCAAAUCUUAACGUCACCGUCCUUCCUACACCACAUCUCCACACAAAGCCCUCCCCUCUUUCUACUCGCUCUCCGUCCGCUGUACCACCACCACUACCACGUUUCUCAUUCUCUUUUUUCCGUCCUCCACGUCUUCGAUCCUAACCAGAAUAUAUGGCUCAGAUUCGAUUUCAGCUUUCUCCCUUUCAGAUCGCUGCACCCUGUGGCUUCCUCGCAAGGACUCCUUUAUGUCUGGGGUCAUUCGCCCGACUUGCCCGAGUCAAACAAAUCUCUCAUUGCUUGUAAUCCCUUGACUCGCCAAUUUAAGGUUUUGCCUCAGUUAGGAUCAGCCUGGUCAAAACAUGGAUCGGUUCUGGUUGACUCGUUGAACCGAGUCAUGGUACUGACGGAACUAGCCGCGCUGUUUUAUUCGAACUCGGUACAUUGUUGGCUAAAGUUCUCCUCCAAUCUUCCGUCCAAACCGCGAAGUCCGGUUAUGACGUCAGACUCUGUGUACGCGUUAUGCGACGUCGGAUCACCCUGGAGAAGUCAAUGGAAAUUAUUCGCGUGUAAGUUAUCGACUCUUAGGAAUUCGCAACAGUUUUGGUAUGGUUUAGAGAAGCACGAGUGGGGAGACGUGUUUGAUGUAUUGAAACGGCCGCGUUUAGUUCGCGGAAGUGGGAAUAGGGUUUUGAUGGUAGGGGGAUUGAAGUCAUCGUAUUCGUUAAACUCGUCCUGCUCUACCAUAAUUAUACUGAGACUGGACUUGGAUUUGCUGGAAUGGGAGGAAGCGGGGAGAAUGCCCGGGGCUAUGUAUAAAUUUUUUCAAGAAUCGAAUAAGUUUAAGGUGUUUGGAAUGGGGGAUAGGGUUUGCUUUUCGGCAAAGAGACUUGGGAAGUUAGCACUGUGGGAAUGUGGGAAAGGAGGAGGAGACUGGAGAUGGAUUGAUGGACUGGCUGUGAGUGGAGAUGGCCCAAGUCGUGGAUUUGUGUGGGAAGCAAGACUAAAUGCAGUGCCUUGAGGUUUGUAUUUUGAAUUGAAUUUGGAUGGCGGAGCAAUUUAAGAAAAAGGACCAGACGAUGAUGUAUUUUAAUUUUAGAUACUAAUAAAAGAAUUUGUUUGUCUUUU